CAUAUGGAAAAGUGCUUCUUGUUGAUGGCAUCAUUCAGCUACUAUUCAGUGGUGCGAGCUUAUGUUCAUAUUGCUAAAUCUACCAUGAACUGCAAAGCAUAUCUGGGUUUAGGAGGCUUUUCAAAAAAGGGAUUGGCCACUUUAUUGAUAAUUUUUGCCCUUGGAAAGUUAAUGAAUAAAAAGGAAGAUCAGAGCCAGCUUUCUGCAAUUGCAAGGCAAGGUUCAGGCAGUGCUUCAGAGGAGACUUGAAAGUGCCAAUCAUAUAUCAGCUUUAUUUAGCAAAGGUAUUGGAUUAUGUGGCUGGUCGAGAGCUUAAGAAAGAUGUAGUGUGGAUGGUCAAGAGAGCAGUUUAGAGCACUAGAUGAUCUGGUAUUUUCAUAUUAUGUGGAUUUAACUUGUAGAAUUAUAGUUUGAUUGAUUGAUGUAAUGGGAUCUGGAUACUUGUACAUUUUCAAAUGAAAUUAAUUAUAAUGAUAAUU